UGCAUCUUCAAUAAUCAAUUGUUUUAAAUCCUAUUAAUUAUUUUGGAUAAAAUGUGAAGUAAUUGCAUAAUUUCAAUACGAUUUUCACACAUCACGUAUAUAAAUACCUUACACCGUCGCCCAGUACCACCUUUAAUUUAAAACGUAAACAAAAUAAACCAGCAAUUGAGCCGAUCAAGCUUAUCUUGCAAAAAUAUUCUGAUAUACUGAUAAUGUUACAAAUGAAGUAAUAAGUGUGUAUUACUUCAUUUAUUAGUGGGGAAGAUUGUGUAGAUACGAAACACACGAGUAUUGAAAGUGCGUGGUUAAACGUGUUAACAACACCGGCGAAUAAGCGAAUUCAAAAUUAUGUUGCACUGGCUUCAGCAUCGAUGGACAAGCCUUUGGUUGCUAAUAACGGCCUUGGCAGCCUUAUGCCUAUUUCUAUAUGGUUUUUUCCCAUUGAAAUAUCAUUCAGGCAAACUGGCCACUAUGGAUGAUUUACCAAAUGUUAUUAAUGGAGUAAGUAUUGAUGGCCAACAAGUAUACAAUUCUGGUGAAAAUAGUGUAAUUCUGAUGGUGAUAGACGGUUUAAGAUAUGACUUUGCGACAGAGGAGUACAUGCCAUUCACUGGAGAACUUGUAAAAAAUAAGUCAGCAUGCCUUUAUGUGUCUGUUGCUGAACCUCCCACAGUUACCAUGCCAAGGAUUAAGUCACCAGACAGAAAGAAGGAAAAGGCACAGUGGAGGCGCACAAUAAACUUCUGGAGGGAUAUCUUUGCUAUGAUGACUGGAAGUGUAUCGACGUUUGCGGAUGUAGCGUUGAACUUCGGCGCUCCCGCAGUGGUCGGUGAUAGCGUGUUGCGAGUCGCGGCGGCGAAGGGCCGUCGCACCGUCAUGUACGGCGACGACACGUGGCUCAGACUAUUUCCUGGAUUGUGGACGGAAUCUGAUGGCACCACUUCGUUCUUUGUCACAGAUUAUACAGAAGUCGAUAACAACGUAACACGCCAUCUCGAUAAAAUUCUAACUCCAGAUGAGAAAAAGAAACCCCCGUUUGAUUUGCUCGUCCUCCACUAUUUGGGUCUCGAUCACAUCGGACACUUGGAAGGAGCGAGGAGUCCGAAAAUAAAACCUAAACUUUUGGAAAUGGACGACGUAGUCCAGAAAAUAUACAAUGCUAUGCAAAAAUGGGACCGCAAGGCCGUCCUGCUGGUGUGCGGCGACCACGGCAUGCGCGACGCGGGCGGCCACGGCGGCGCCUCCCCCGCGGAGCUGCUCGUGCCCCUCGUCUUGCUCUCGAACGACGGCUUCCGCUGCCCGCACGAGGCGGGCGGCGGCACGGUGUCGCAGACGGACGUGGCGCCGUCGCUGGCGUGGCUGCUGGGCGCGCCGCCGCCGGGCGACAGCGCGGGCCGCGUGCUGGCGGCGCUGCUGCCGGCCGACCCGCGCCAGCACCUCUACCUGCUGCACGUGCUGGCCGAGCGGUCCGCGCGCCUCGUGCCCGCCACCGACAAGGAAUUUUACAAACAAUUCGAACGCGCUAAAACGCAAUUCGCCCAUUACUUGGUCACUGGACAGCAGAGCGCCGCCAAGAUAGCGAAGGAAUUCUACGAGGAAUCUCUAGAGGAAAUGUCCAAGUACCUCACAGAGACGACCACGGACUUCGACAUGUUCUCUCUCAUCGUCGCUACGGUUAUUUUGUAUCUUCUAGCCGGGGCCCUCCUCUGCGUAACACUCUUCUCUCUCCAACCGGAAAUACGAAGAAAAAUAAGCUUGCCAAAGUUACAACGCCAAUCAAAAGCCAGUUCAUUGAUCGCAUUCGUGAUCGUACUGGUCAUUUCCGCUUUCACACUGAUCAUAUCCUGUUUUAUAACGGAAACGAAGAGCCAGUUCUGUUCCUUCAGCCCGCAAUGGAGUAUAGCAUUUGUAGCGGCGGCCGUAACGAUAACAGUUACAUACUUCAUUGUCAAGACGACAAUAGAAAAUAUCAAAGAUCUCUCCACGUUGAGCGAUCUGAACGCGAUCGACUAUUUGCUGAUCAUCGGCACGCUCUUUCAUUCUUGGUCGUUCUUCGGCACGAGUUUCAUAGAGGAGGAGCACAUGACGUGGUACUUCUUUUGGAACACGCUGAUGUUCUUCGUCCUGGUGCGGACGAUCGUGGUUGUCGUGAUGUAUUUCACGAAGCGAUGGUCGGGAGCCACGGAAUAUCAGGAGAAACCGGAUCUACAGAAUCGAAUGAGCUCGGUCGGUGUCAGCAUCGUGCCCCAGUGGGUGCUGUUGAUCGCUUUGCAUAGAUAUUUAAGGACAAUGAACCAAACUGGGGAUCGUUGGUUGUUUCUCCCAGAUACAGCGGAUUGGUUGAACUCGCCUGAAAACGCUUUCUAUCUAGAAGCACAUCUUGUUUUAGGCAGUCUUCUAACUUUAUCAAUAUGCCUUUGGAACAUUCGCUUCAUGAACAAUUAUAUGCAGACACACUCGGCGCUAACUAUUUUGGCAACGGCGUGCAUAUUCUGCCACCGGAUCGCGACCAACGCUUUAGGGUCGCCCUUCCCCAUCAUAAAGACCUUUGACCCCGUUAUAAUAGUUAAUAUAUUUUGGGGACUACUGAUAAGCCAAGUGAUCUUCGAGCUUCUCACUUACAUUGGAAUCUUUAAAUCGUGCGGCUUUCCAUUGAAGAGUGACAAUAAAUUUGCAUACAACAAGCCCAAAGCAAAGAAUGAAGAUAUUUUCUACGAUAGAGUGGAGGAGCCUUGGAAUAUAGAUGAAGUGAAGCUGAACCUCGCUCGAUCGAUCACUCAUAUCAUGUUCAAUGAUUUAAUGUUAAUAAUAAUUCUACUAAUGAAGCCGCAUAACGUGAUAAUGGUCCCGAGCAUUUAUUUUACCUGCAAGCUGACGUCAAAGUGCUUAGACCAUAAACUGUUGGACGCUAGAAAGAGAAAGGAUACGGAAAUUUUAGAUGUACUGAGCAAUUCGCUCGUUCACCUUUGGAUUGGAGUCCUGUUUUUCUUUUAUCAGGGCAACUCGAACAGCCUGGCGUCCGUGGAGCUGGGCGCGGGCUACGUGGGGCUGCGCGCGUACAGCGCGGCGCGCGUGGCGCUGCGCGUGGGGCUGCACGCGUACGCCGCGCCCGCGCUGGCCGCCGCGCAGCUGCUCUGCGCCGCCGCCGCGCGCGCCGCGCACUGGCACGGGUAUUUAGAAUCGGUGUGGAGAGUGAUAAAUAUUUUCGCCUUGCAAAGGGUAUACCAGCUCGUAAUAUACUGUUUCAUAGCAAUUUUGUUUAGGCAUCAUUUAUUCGUAUGGACAGUUUUUUCACCAAAGUUACUAUACGACUUUGUCGCUACGGUGUUUUCAGUACAAGCGUUGUCUACGAUAUUCGUAAUAGUACUGCUGACGCAUGCGUCGAGUUGGAUCGCGAAAAAAUUAACGUACAAAUCAACAGUGUGAAUUAAAUGUCAGAUCACGUAUUAAAGUACAAUAAUUUAAAUGGAAUAAUAUUAGAAUAAUAACUGUAUAUAUUUCUUACGUAGCAUGGGUACGGUGAAGAUUCUAGAGAAGUAGUUAAUAAUAAAACCGAAUGAAUUACUAAUCGAAUUAUUUUACCGUAAAGGAUGAAUCGAUAUUGAAAACAAAAAUUUAGGCACAAUAAAAAAGCAGUUUUUAUAUUAUUUAAAAUGUAUUAAUAUGAUAACUGCAAUUAUAUGACUUCUUUCAAAUCAUUAAAAAGUAAACACUCUAAUUUACGAUUCAUCACAUUACGAUUCGAGUGUUUGUCAUAUAAAUUUAAAAUACAAAAAUUACACAUAAUUUUUGUUUAUCUAGUUCUAUACACUUUAAAAUUACCGUUUUUAAUUAAUCAUGCUAUGGGAAUAAGAUUAUGUACAUAGAAAAUAAUGUUUGAUUUACGGUAUAUUUAUACCUAUUUAAAAAUCAGACCACUUUUCUACUCGACGUAAAAAACCCACAGGUGUCGGAAAGACAUUUUAACACGCGUAUCCACCAACCCGUAGUAGAGCAACAAAGUGUAAUAAACUCUAAUUCUUUAAAAAAUAUCACCUGCAAUCGAAGGACAUUUACUCGUAACUAUUUUUAUUCUUAAUUGUAUAUUGGUGUCGGCCCUACUGGCCUUCUCAGCAUGAGACGAACAUCCUACGGUCUCCUACGAGAACGCACUGUAAAUCAGUAUUCGUGGCGCCACCUGUCAUUCCUCCCUAGAAAUAAAAUGUAUUACUAGGAAGGAAUGACAGGUGACGUUAAAUCCUUAUUGAAUAGUCGAUGUGUUUCGUUAAUCUAUUUGUAAAUUAAUAAAAAUUAUAAAUUUAAUAUCGUAAUAUAGACAAAAUAACUUUUCAUACCCUCCCGUAACUAUUUUGAAAAUAAUA